CAAUUUCAAUCCAAACAAAACUUGUCCAAAAAAUUAAAAGAGGAAGAAGAGUGAGAUCUAAUGAAACCCUAGAUCUACUUGCCGCAUCUCUUUGCCAUUGUCACCAUCAAGUUCGCCGUAGUGUUUGAGAUCAGAGGGAGAGUAAGCUCGUCGCUGCUGCCAUUCAUCGUCGUUGCUGCCAUUCAUGUCCUCGUCGUUGUCGCCAUCAAGCUUCUACGUCAAUCGCAUGAAUCUCACCGCAGUCAAAGACGCCAACGAAGUCAUGGAGAGGUACGUCGAGGACUCGCUUGCGAUCCUUCCUCCUCUUAGGGAUUGCUACCGCACGUGCUGCGGUGGCGCGCCGUCACAUGAGAAGCUUAGCCUCGUGGACAUUGGAACAGGUGCUGGUUUUUCCAGAGUUAUUUUUGCCAUAGCUUGUCCAGGUGAAUUUUUCGCUGCUUUUUUUCCAUGUGUAAUUAAAUUCAGUUCCUUUUUUCUCUUAGAUCUAAAGCUUGAGUCUAAUGUGGCUUUCGUUGGUAGGUUGCAUCUGUGGAUGCUCGGGGUCUGUCAGCCUGUUCCCUAUCCACAAUGGCACCAUCUUCUCCUUCUUUUUCUCUUGCUUCUUCUUUGCUGCAUGUCUUUUGUGCUUUUUUGCCGCCUCUUAACACCGUCUCUAUUGGUUUUUAUGAUUGUUGUUACUGAUGGGAGCAGAGUUUCGGGACUUGGUGAUCUUGGGAGUUCAUGGAAUAGGCAUCUUCAUUAGGAUGCUUGAUCUGUAUGUUGUUUUUUUCUUCUUUUUUUUUACUACUUGGUCUUUGCAUAUAUUAUUGG